UAUGGGCUUACGAAAAUCUAAAGUAAUCAAAAAAAUUAAAAUGGACAUGCAAUAAUAAGCACUCAAAAAGACUUCAAUCACUUAAAAAAAGGUUACCAUUAAAAAAGCUGAAAAAAGAUCAGAUGCACUUAAAAGCACUAAUUCUCAAUUUAGAAAACAUCAAUAUAUUACAGAAAAGAAAGUUUAAUUAGAUAAAUCUAAAAUUGAAUCUGUAAUCGAUUCACUAAAUAAAUACUAUCAUACUAAUAAUGAUGGUGAUCGUAAAAUUUAUUUAGUUGCAGAAUUACAAAAAAUACCAGAAUUAAUUGAAGCACCCAUAAUCUAAAUGUAAUAAUCAUUAUUUUUUAUUCAGUCCCCUUAAAGAAGCCAUACAUGUAAAAGUGGCAUUUGUUGUUCAUGGUAAUAUAUUAGAAGAAUUCUAAAAAAAAUAUCCUUAAUAUAAUGUUAUGAGUUAAAAUGCUUAUAUAGCUGGUAAAUCCUUUCCUAACCUUGAUUUAAUUCUUAUAGAUUAUUCACUCUAUAAUAAAAUUAUUGAAAAGAAACCUAGCAAGUAAUAUUAGUAUUUAAAUCUUAGGAAAAUAUAUCCAUUUCAUCCAUCCAAGGUGCCUUUUGAUUAUAAAAAACAUUAUAAUAUUGUAGAAUAUUAGGAAUACAUUAAUCACUUGAUUGGAAGUACUUUCAGUAUAAUGAAAAAUUAAAUAAAAUAAAUAAUUCCAAUAGGAAAGGUAGGUCAAAAUGGAACAAUAGAUAAUGUAUUAAAAGGAGCAAUAGAUUUUAUUGCAAAAUUACUUACUUAAAGUAAGGGGAAUAGCAUAGAACAUUUAUAUUUAAAAACUAACAAAUCGAUUGAGUUAUUAAUAUAUUGAGU